UAGCGCUAUUACUCGCCUAUAAUACGCGCAAGGGAUGGCUCAUCUGAUCCUCCUAGCAAUCUUGCGGCGCUCACAGAUAUCAUCUAUCCACAAGAAUGGAGUCAGCUUAGCCUCCUUGCACUCUACGCCCGCAAUCCAAAGAGACGGCUUGGGAGAUUUUGCGUUAACAGACCGGGUUGCGAUUGUCACCGAAGGCAACCGUGGUCUUGGACUCGAGGCCGCAUUGGCGUUCUCUAUGGCUGGUUCACGUGCAGUAUACUGUUUAGAUCUCCCGGAAAAGCCGGGUGAAGAUUGGAACGCUGCUCGCCAGAGCAUAGCAAAACUUGGGGGUGCAGGAAGACUCGAAUAUGUGACUACUGACGUUCGCGAUCAGAAAAGGCUGCUCAAAACAGUAGAAGAAAUUGCAACAAAGGAGGGGAGGAUGGAUGUUUGCGUUACAGCAGCAGGAAUUUCUGGAGCCGCGCGGCCUUGCUUGGAGUAUACAGAAGAAGACCUCGAAGAGGUUUAUGCUGUAAAUCUCAAAGGAGUGUUCUUCGCUGCUCAAGCUGCUGCAAAGCAAAUGGAUCGGUUCCAGAUACCGGGAAGCAUUAUCCUCCUGGCCUCCAUCGCUGGCAGUGUUGCUCUGAAGCACACGCCAGUACUUCCCUACAAUACUAGCAAGGCCGCAGUGAUACAGAUGGCCCGCGUCAUGGCAUGUGAACUUGCACAAAAGAACAUUAGGGUGAACUCGCUAUCACCAGGUUUUAUUGAGACACCUAUGACGACAGCAAUAAUUUCUGCGCGACCAGAAUUCCAAGCUAUAUGGUCAGAGCAAAGCUUCAUGAAUAGACUUGGCAAGCCUCGCGAACUGCGUGGAAUUAUGACGUGGCUGGCAUCCGAUGCAUCGAGCUUUUGCACGGGAAGCAACAUUGUUGUCGACGGUGGAUAUACGGCAUGGUAGAGCUGAUUUGAGGUAUUUGUACACCAACAGAGUUUGCGCGGAGUCGUCUAAACUAUGUUAUCUUAUCUUAUCUUGUAGGUUUCUCCAUAUUGGUUUAGGUGUGGAGUUGAUCCACGUUCACUUGAACCUUGAGCGCUUGAGCUUGUGCUUGAACGUUUGAACCUGUAGACUCG